AUGAGAUCCUUCUUCAAUCCGCUCUUGUUUUUCAUUUACUUGUUCUUUGUUAUCUCGUUCUUUCAUUUGCAUGUCACCGAUUCUUCUUCUUCUUUAGUGCAGCGGUUGUGCCACAACGAUGAAAGCAAUGCCUUGUUGCAGUUCAAGGAUAGCUUUAUCAUUGACAGGUCUGCUUCUGAUGAAUCUUCUGCUUAUCCAAAAGUGUCUUCAUGGAGGCUCCAAGGAGAAAAUGGUGAUUGUUGUUCAUGGGAUGGCAUCGAGUGUGAUGAAAAUACUGGUCAUGUAAUUGGCCUAAAACUCAACAGCAGUUGUCUUUUUGGCUCUUUCAACUCUAAUAGCACUCUUUUCCUCCUUUCCCACCUUCAAAAACUUGAUCUUUCUGAUAAUCAUUUUAAUAGCUCCGAAAUCCCAUCAGGUUUUGGACACCUUACAGAGUUGACAUAUCUUGAUCUCUCACAUUCUGUAUUGUCUGGCCAAAUCCCAUCAGAAAUAUCUCAAUUAUCCAACUUGGUCUUUUUAUCUCUGAAUAUGCCACCUUUAGAAGAUCCAUUGAAGCUCUGUAAGCCUGAUCUGAAAAGUUUAGUUCAUAACUUAACUCACCUAAAAGAACUUGAUCUCGGCUAUGUCGUCAUGAAUUCAAUUAAUGCCCUCCAAACCUUGUCAAAUAUGACUUCUUUGACAUCUAUUGGUCUUGAAUCUUGUUCAUUGCAGGGGGAAUUCCCAGAAAGAAUUUUCCAUUUCCCAAAUCUCACAAGACUUAAACUAGCCUGGAACAAGGAUCUGAGAGGUAAGCUUCCUGAAUUUCAUUUCUGCAGUCCUCUUAAGGUAAUUGAUGUUUCAAACACAAGUUUCUUUGGUGAGGUACCUUUUUCAAUUGGAAAUCUUGAUUCUUUAGAGCAACUUGAUAUUUCCCUGUGUAAUUUCCAGGGAUUCAUUCCAUCUUCAUUUGAAAACCUUACCCAGCUCAAGUAUUUAGACCUUUCAAACAACAACUUCACUGCCCGAACUCUUUCUUCCUUGCCUGUGGUUGGAAAGCUUACCAAACUCACUGUCUUAGAGCUUAAAGCAAUCAAUUUGUAUGGUGAAAUUCCAUCUGAACUAUUCAAACUCACCCAGUUGCAAACAUUGGACCUUUCUUCCAAUAAGUUGGACGGCCUUAUUCCAAGCUCAAUCUCUAAACUCAAGAAUAUUGAAUAUCUCAGCUUCUAUAGCAAUAAAUUGAGUGGUCCAAUGGAGCUAGAAAUGUUUUUAAUGCUAAAAAAGUUGAAGAGAUUACUGUUAUCAUAUAACAAUUUAACAGUACUCACUUCGAAUAUCAGUGCUAAUGCUUCUCUUGAAUUGCUAGGAUUGGCUUCAUGCAACUUAGAUAAGUUCCCAGAUUUCCUAAAAAACCAAGAAAGUUUGGAGUGGCUAGACCUGUCUCACAACCAUAUCAGUGGUCAAAUACCUCAAUGGUUUUGGAAUACAAGUGUAAACACUCUCGACUAUCUCAACCUUUCUUUUAAUUCCUUAACAGGCUUUGAUCAGCAUUCAGUUGUUCUUCCAUGGGAACACCUACGCACGUUAGACCUAAGGUUUAACAUGCUCGAAGGAUCACUCCCAAUUCCAGCAAAAUCUAUGUAUACUCUUUUUUAUUUGGCCUCCAACAACAAAUUCGUUGGCGAAAUUCCACCAUUGAUUUGUAGUCAAAGUUCGCUUCAAGUCCUUGAUCUAUCUAAUAACAAUCUGAGUGGAGUACUUCCUCAAGGUUUAGGCAACUUAAGUAAUUCUUUGGUUGUUUUGAAUCUCAGAAACAACUCCUUUCAUGGCCACAUUCCUCAAACAUUUACAAAUGAAUGCCAGUUGAAGUCGAUUGAUAUUGGUCAUAAUCAAUUACACGGGCAAGUGGCAAGAUCAUUGGCCAAUUGUAAAAUGCUCGAGUUUCUUGAUUUGGAGAACAACCAUAUAUACGAGAUUUUUCCAUCUUGGUUGGGAAAUCUUCCAGAGUUGAGAGUUCUCAGUCUAAGCUCGAACAAAUUUCAUGGAGUAAUAGGAGAUCCUGCGUUUGGAUUUGAGUUUCCCAACAUUCAUGUCAUUGAUCUCUCCCACAAUAGUUUUCAAGGUAGGCUACCAUAUGAAUACUUCCGAUCCUGGAAAGCAUUGAAAGUCAUUGAUGUUAACCAGCAUGCAGAAUAUAUGCAAGAAAGCAUGGUUCGCAUUUCCUACUUCUUGGGCAUGUAUGAUGACGCCGGCUAUCACUAUUCGUUGGCAAUACAUAACAAAGGAAUGGAAAGGAUAUACUCGAAGAUUUCAAAAGCCUUGAAAGCCAUUGAUUUUUCAUACAAUAACUUUGAAGGAGAGAUUCCAACAUCUAUUGGGAACUUAAAGGGGCUGCAUUUGCUCGAUUUUUCAAACAACAAUCUCUCGGGUCAGAUUCCAUCAUCCUUGAAGGAAUUGAAGAAUCUUGAAUCAUUGGAAUUGUCCUCCAACAAGCUUUCAGGACACAUUCCUCAAGAACUAAAACAGCUCAAAUUUCUGGAAUUCUUCAAUGUCUCUCAUAACCAUCUUAUAGGACCUAUACCACGAGGGGUGCAGUUUGAUACAUUUCAGAAUGAUUCGUACGAGGGAAACGUGGGUUUGUGUGGAACUCCUCUCUCAAAGCCAUGUGGUAAUACAAAGACCUCCUCAAAAGCACCUUCAACUACCUUUGGAAAGGAUCAAAAUGUGAGGUCUCAAGAUGGAUUUGUAUGGAAGAUUAUAGUUGCAAUGGGGUUCGGCAGUGGGUUAGUAGUUGGAUUUAUCAUUGAAUGCAACAAGAUAUUCAUCAAAAAUUGGUUUGUGAAGACUUUCAGGAGGCAACCAUUUAGAAAAAGGAUUAGCAGUAAAGGUAAAUAG